AUGUAUAUCUCAACCGCCACUCUCUCCUCCAUUGUCCUUGCGGCAUCUCUCGCCUCUGCUGGCCCCGCUCACAUCAAGAGAGCUGAUGCCUACGCUCAGUGCGGUGGCCAAGGUUUCAGCGGCUCAACCUCUUGUGUCGCUGGCUACCACUGUGCCGAGUCCAACGCCUGGUACUCCCAGUGUGUUCCCGGUGCCGCUGCCGCUGCCGCUCCUGCUGCUGCUGCCGUUCAGACCAGCGCUGCUCCUGCCAAGGCUCCUGUCUCUACCAGCAGCAAGGCCGGCUCUUCCCAGCCUGCUGACAGCCUUAACAAGCUCUUCCAGGCCAAGGGCAAGAAGUACUUCGGUACUUGUGGUGAUCAGGGUACUCUGGGCAAUGCCCAGACUGCUGCCAUUGUCAAGGCCGACUUUGGUCAGCUUACCCCUGAGAACUCCAUGAAGUGGGAUGCCACCGAGAGCAGCCAGGGCAACUUCAACUUCGCUGGUGGUGACUACCUCGUCAACUUCGCCAGCCAGAACGGCGACCUCGUCCGUGGCCACACCCUUGUCUGGUACUCCCAGCUUCCCCAAUGGGUCCAGAACAUCAACGACAAGACCCAGCUCACCAACGUCAUGAAGAACCACAUCACCAAGGUCAUGACCCACUUCAAGGGCAAGAUCUACGCCUGGGACGUUGUCAACGAGGCCUUCAACGAGGACGGCACUCUCCGCCAGAACGUCUUCAUGAAGGUUCUCGGUGAGGACUACAUCCGCAUUGCCUUCGAGACCGCCCGCGCCGCCGACCCCAACGCCAAGCUCUACAUCAACGACUACAACCUCGACUCUGCCAGCUACGCAAAGACCCAAGGCUUCAUUUCCCACGUCAAGAAGUGGAUUGCCGCCGGUAUCCCCAUCGACGGUGUUGGUUCCCAGACCCACUUGGGCAAGGCCGGUUCCUUCAACAACCCUGACAACGUCCCUGCUGCUUUCAAGGCUGUUUGCGCUGCUGCUCCCGAGUGUGCCAUGACCGAGCUUGAUCUUGCCGGUGCUGAUGCCAGCAGCUACGUCAAGGUCGUCAACGCCUGUGUCCAGACCAAGAACUGUGUUGGUAUCACCGAGUGGGGUAUCUCUGACAACCAGUCCUGGAGAAAGAGCGACAGCCCUCUUCUCUUUGACGGCAGCUUCCAGAAGAAGCCUGCUUACACUGCCAUUGUCAACGCUCUUAAGUAA